AUGAAUCAACCGCACAUUGAAAAGUAUGCACCCGGGACUGUGUUGCCCGUUGGGUCGCAUCAGGUUAAGAUUUUAAAGUAUUUGGCUAGUGGUGGGUUUGCACAUGUGUAUUCUGUUCAAAUCAGCCCUCCAGACCCAGUUUGUCCAGACAAUAUCGCAUGUUUGAAAAGGGUUGUUGUGCCAGACAAGGCGAAUCUCAACACUUUGAGGGCGGAAGUUGAUACUAUGAAGACGCUUCGGGGUAACCAGUGUGUAGUGUCGUAUAUUGACUCACAUGCUACGAAAUCUCCGGUAAAUCCUGGGAUGUAUGAGGUGUAUUUGUUGAUGGAGUAUUGUUCUCGAGGCGGUCUCAUUGACUUUAUGAAUACGAGGUUGCAGCAUCGACUUACAGAAUCUGAAGUACUCAAUAUUAUGAGCCAGGUAUGUCAGGGUGUAGCUGCAAUGCAUGCAUUGCAGCCUCCGUUGAUCCAUAGGGAUAUCAAGAUUGAGAAUGUUUUAAUAUCGAAAAACGGGCAAUUCAAGCUUUGUGACUUUGGAUCAGUUUCUGGGGUUAUUCGGGCACCAAGAAAUACAGAGGAGUUCAAUUAUGUGCAGUACGAUGUUAUGAAAAAUACCACGGCCCAAUAUAGGUCCCCAGAGAUGAUCGAUUUGUACCGUGGGCUGCCCAUUGACGAGAAGUCGGAUAUUUGGGCCCUUGGUGUGUUUUUGUACAAGGUAUGUUAUUACACAACACCAUUCGAAAAGAACGGGGAGUCUGCAAUCUUGUCUUCCACUUUCCAGUUUCCCUCGUACCCGCAGUAUUCGGAUAGAGUGAGAAACCUCAUAAGUGUGAUGCUUCGUGUAGAUCCGUUGAAGCGCCCUAACAUUUGCCAAGUGUUGGAAGAAGUUUCCCGUAUCCAAGGCGUGCCUUGUCCAAUUAAAAAUUUCUACUUGUUGAGGGUUAUGGACAAGCAUUCUCCCAAAAAUCUAUCCCCUGUGCCUCCUCAACUUUUAUCAUCUCCUUCUCAUAUGGCCAUGCCAAAUCAACACCAGCAUCAACACCAGCACCAACACCAGCAUCAGCAUCAGAAUCAGCAUCAGCCAGAGCUACAACCAUCUAGUAUAAACGCUGUGCCUGCUCAAAACAUGAACCAUAUGCCAUUCUUGCACAUUUCUAAGAGCCAGCCAUCCAUAGGUCAAAUGGACUAUGCGCCAUUCGUCCCCAAUGUUGUCCAUACAUCCAUGAAGAGUAGCAAUAAGGACUACUCAACGAGUGAUCCAUUUUUAAAGAUCGAUAAGUCAGCAUUGUUGACUCAAACACCUUCUAAAAUUGAUGGAAUGCCAAAAGGUUUCAAAGGUCCCUCUCUUGAAUACCAGCAACCACCACCACAGCAAUACCAGCAACAAACUCAGCCUCAGCCUCAGCCUCAGCCUCAACGUCUGACAAGAGCGCAAACGGUCACACCUAGAAACUCUGUCAGUCCUGUUAGAGUAGGAGGGGGUAGAGGUGCAAUCGCGAGUAUCGUUGCUAGUAAUAAAACUUCGAUAGACAAACCAAGGUACGUUGAUUCAGAGACCCAAACAAGUGAAAUCCCUUCAGAAUUAAAUUUGUCUCGGUCAACUUCUAAAAAAUCAAUAGCCUCGUCGACUCUGUCUCUAUCAUCUACUGAAUCCUUGGAGGCCAUUUCCACUGGUGGAAGCUUAACUCGUCGUAUGAGUAAUACUCUGAAAAAGGUUGUCACUGGUGAAAAGAGAGGAUUCUCACCUAUCAGAUCAGCUCAGAAUACAGGAGAAAGUGUCAAAUCUGCAUUUAACGCCCUUCGUAAAGGUAUCUCCACCCUGCAGUUCACUGGUGACGGUAAUUCUAGAAAGAAUUCCCAAGAAUUUAGAAAAUACAGAAAUGCAUCUAAUACUUCUAUCCCAGAAAGAUCAGAAAGUAAUAACAAAGCACACAGAAGAUCAACCAGCUCAUUUUCAUUUGUUCCUGAAAACGGCGAACACGACCCUAAACGUGACUCUAAUAUCGAUGUCACGCCAGUUUCUCUGAGAAGAUCUUCAUCAUUGAAGGCAUCUUCAUCCAUUCAAAAGCGUGUCAAGGAUUUAAUCAAUGCAAAGGAUAUCCCAAACAAUUCGACUGCCACUGGUUAUGGUAAGUAUACAGACUCGAUGAGAAAGAAAGAACUAGAUCAUCGUAAAAGUAAAAGUGUUAUUUUCAAUAACAACAAGAAAAUUGAUGGCAAUAACAAUAGUAAAACUAAUGAUGAAAGAAAAUCGAGCGUGGUUUUAACGCCACUAAAGGUGUCAACUAAAACUAAACCUGUCCCACCGCCAAAACCAGCGCAUCUUAAACCAAAUCUACCGCCAAAACCAAAACACUUAAAGUCUAAAAGUACUGUUUCUACACCUUCCAUUGGCAAAAAAUCUGAUCAAGAAACUGAUAUAGACUCGGAGGAAAGCGAUUUCCCAACGCCAGACACAAUUAGAGAUUUUGAAAGAAGGUUCCCGAGUGCAUUAUAG